CCGUUGGCAAAAAGCCGCGCGAAGCCUUCGCUCGUCCACCUCAUCCUUUGUUUGCCCUCCACUUCGCUUCGCUCUUCUGCUGUGCGUGUCCUGCCAAUGCCGAAAGUGUGAGUGUGCACGAUCAGCACCAAACGACAACAACUCAGCUGAGGAAAGCACACAUUGACCGUCCAGCAAUGUCGACGGAUCGACAGGCAGCACCGCUGCCAAGCGACACAACAGCAACUUCAGCCUUGCCAGAGUAUGCCGAGAUGCAGCCAGGCCCCUAUGGCGGAGAUGCACAGGAAGAAAUCCACUACACUGCUCUGGAUGACGCAAACGUUCCAGACUCCCCAGCGCAUACAAAGCGAAUGUCAUCGUCGUCCCGGUUCUCCACAGCAAGCUCAGCAGAUUUCCACCGUCGCCUCAUGUCUGUUGCGUCUCAAGACAAGCCGCCCCGCCCAUACGAGCGUGUCAUGGCACUGCUCUGCGACUACGACCGCCCGUACGAUGACACCAUCUGCUCGGCGGAGGCAGACACCGUCAAGCGCCACAUCGCCACAGAGGCAAAACUUCCUCCAAAGCCAAUGGAGCCGCGUCUCCGCCACAUGCCGCCGGCUUGUGAUGAUGAUGAUGAUGAUGAUGAUGAUGAUGAUGAUGAUGAUGAUGAUGAUGAUGAUGAUGAUGAUGAUGAUGAUGAUGAUGAUGAUGAUGAUGAUGAUGAUGAUGAUGAUGAUGAUGAUGAUGAUGAUGAUGGAUACGAGGAUGUGCGCCGGAGUUUCAUUGAGCAAGGCAUUGGCAUCAUCCCAGCUGACACGAACCUCCACACCUGCAGCUGGUACUUUGAGGGCACGACGCGCGUGCAAGCUGAGGCACUGCUGCACACACCGGGCACAUUUCUCAUCCGCCGCAAGUCGCCCGACGCCGAGCCAGCGCUCUCCCUGCGCACAUAUGACCGCUGCCUCCACUACAAAAUCUACUUUGUGCACGAGCGUGGCUUCACCUUUGGGUCUGCCGAUGACAAGUUUUUUUCCUCCAUUGUGGAUUUGGUGCGCUUUUACCAGCGCAACCCGCUGCCCGCCAUUGAGAUAAUGCUCGGCAUGCCCAUCGAAGUCUAG